UUUUAUGGUUCUUUAACUUUCUGUCACAUUUCGGUUUAACGUUAGCUUCAGUGCUAAUUUCAGUUUAACGUUAGCUUCAGUGCUAAUUUCAGUUUAACGUUAGCUUCAGUGCUAAUUUCAGUUUAACGUUAUCCUCAGUGCUAAUUUCAGUUUAACGUUAGCUUCAGUGCCAAUUUCAUCUUGACGUUAGCUUCAGUGCUAAUUGCAACUUGACGUUAGCUUCAGUGCUAAUUUCAACUUGACGUUAGCUUCAGUGCUAAUUUCAACUUGACGUUAGCUUCAGUGCUAAUUUCAACUUGACGUUAGCUUCAGUGCUAAUUUCAACUUGACGUUAGCUUCAGUGCUAAUUUCAACUUGACGUUAGCUUCAGUGCUAAUUUCAACUUGAUGUUAGCUUCAAUGCUAAUUUCAACUUGACGUUAGCUUCAGUGCUAAUUUCAACUUGACGUUAGCUUCAGUGCUAAUUUCAACAUGACGUUAGCUUCAGUGCUAAUUUCAACUUGACGUUAGCUUCAGUGCUAAUUUCAACUUGAUGUUAGCUUCAAUGCUAAUUUCAACUUGACGUUAGCUUCAGUGCUAAUUUCAACUUGACGUUAGCUUCAGUGCUAAUUUCAACUUGACGUUAGCUUCAGUGCUAAUUUUGUUUUCUUUACGACGUUGGUCUGUUUGUGGUGGCUGUCGGUUUUCUUAACAUGGACUGAUUAGAGGGCAUGUUGAGAUUAUUCAGUGUUUCCAGUCUUGUACGCAGAGCUCUGUGUGUCAGUGCUGAGGAAAUGGGAAAGAAAGGCAGUUUCUUUUAUGCUGUAAGGAAAGGACACAGGCCUGGUGUGUACCAAACAUGGGACGAAUGCAAAUUUCAAGUGGACAAAUUCCCUGAUGCACGGUAUAAAAAGUUUGCAGUUGAAGAUGAAGCAUGGGCUUUUGUAAGGAACGAACCAACAUCCUCAGAGAAGUCUGAAGCCUCCCAGAGUACCAAAAGUGUUCUUGCUGGCUCUAAAAGGCCCAUUGAAGAGGAUGAGGUUGAUGGAGGGAGUGUUAAGCGAGUGAAACUGGAGCCUUCUGCUGCGGAGAGUACUAAGGGGUUCACCUACAUGGGAGAUGCAGUGGUAGUGUACACAGAUGGCUGCUGUACAAAAAAUGGAAGACAUGGAGCUCGUGCAGGGAUCGGUGUGUACUGGGGUCCCAAUCACUCUCUUAACGUUUCAGAGAGGUUAUCAGGGAGACAAACCAACCAACGAGCUGAACUACAGGCAGCUUGCAAGGCACUGGAACAAGCCAUAGAUAUGGACAUCCAAAAGCUAGUGCUCUACACAGACAGCAAAUUCACUAUUAACGGGAUUACCAGCUGGGUAAAAAACUGGAAAACCAACGGCUGGAGACUCAAAACAGGGGGUGCAGUGGUCAAUAAAGAAGACUUCCAAAAGCUUGAUGAACUAAAUGAAGAGCUCGAUGUUAAAUGGAUGCACAUCCCAGGUCAUGCUGGCUAUUUAGGAAAUGAGGAGGCAGACAGACUCUCUAGAGAGGGAGCAGCAAAACCUCAGUGCUAACUGGUGUUGGCAAACAAAGACUGCUGCUGUGUUCAUGCCUGAGCUUAGGUUAUUAAUAGUGUUUGCGUGUGUUCUCACUGUGUAACGCAAACCCCUGCACUUUUUUUUUUUUUAAAUAUUUCAUUUGACUUUUUCUGUAAAUAAAUUGUGUUUAAAUUGUGAUGCUUUUUGCUAGAUUAAUUUCUUCUUUUCUGGACGAAAACCUUGGCAGACACAGUAAAAGAAGCAGUGUUUUCUAGAAGGUUUGUGGAUACAUAACCAGAUAAUUAUUAACCAGCAUAUAAAUGUUAGUAGACUGUAUCAUGGAAUUGUUUCAUUAUAUAAUUUACUGUAUAUUGUUCAUUUGUGAAAUCCACCCACUGUAAUACAGCAGUUUAUCCCCAGAUGGCACUGCAGUAUAUUUUUCCACGACGGCAAAGUAUAGAGGAAUAACGUUAUAGAAUAGUGAAAGAAAAUCCAAAUAGUCAGACAUUUGAAACUAUUUUUGCAUUGCAUAAUAACUUGCGCUCUGCCUUACUGGCUUUCACCACUAGCACGUUUUUUCUUUAAUAUAUUAGGCAGACAAAGUUUAUUGAAUGUUACACCACACAUUGAAGAAAGCACAUUUUUGGACAUUUCUUGUCUGGUUAUGAAAUCUAAAAUAUAUAAUAGUAUGUGGCAUGAUAAGAGUGAGGGAUGAUUAGUUAUUGCUUGGUUUUAUCUUUUUUAUCUGCAUAGACAUGCAUAAAGUGCUGAUUUGAUUGGAGUUACCUAGAGAAGUUUGGCCUCUCAGGUACGUGCUCAGCAGUGAGAUGGUGUCCUCUGAGCAUCGGGUGUUUGUUUCCAGUCUGGGUGGAUGAGUGCUCUCUCCAGCUCUCUGCAGUAAGCCUGUGUCUAGACAGUGAUGCUACAUGUUAAAAUUCUGAUAAGCCCCGCAGCAAAGAGGGAGAGUGAGAACAUAUUCUCCUUCAUGAGAAGAAGGUAGGUGUGAAUCCCAACAUAGCUCCCAGCAUGCUCUGCUCUGAUCUCCACUGCAGCACCUCGGCACCUCUGGAGGCCUGCGGAGACGUGUAUCAUUGACGCUGGGAUAUGAAGGCAAUACCUUUGGGCGAGACUCGGGAUCCAUAUAGCUAGCAGGGUGUUGAGUGUGCAUCACCUCACACAGCUACUAGUUGUCAGUUGAGCUUUUUCGUUGUACACAGAACUCUAUUCUGUGCAACACACACAAACCCAGAUGACAUUAGUAUACAGUGCUGCAGUCUUUUUGAUGCAGCCGAAAGCCACAAACUUGAGUUAGAUCUGCAGCAGAGCACUUCAAGUUCAACUCCUUCUGACAGACUGGUGCAUGGUCUUUACUGGCAUUGCACAUACAUGCAAGCAAAUAGGUUCUAAAGAGUGUGUGUUCUGAAUCUGAGAUCCCUCCACCUUUGUUUGAUAGUCAGACACAGCGCUAAUUUGUAAAAGAUGAAGGGAGUGGAGGAGGGGCAGCAAACACACCGUCAUUAGCGUGCAUCUGGUCUCGCGGCUCUUCAAACAGCGCCUCGCAGCUGACUCUGCUCCUCCAACCUGGGAGCAGAAAGUGUAGGGGAAUUUCCGAUAAUGAAUCCAGCGCGAGGCCUUCUUUUUUGCCGUAACAUCAAUGGCAGCGCCACGCUGUGUAGGCACAGGGAGUCACAAUCAAACACGUUGGCACAUCAUAACCGAGCCGACAUCUGUUUCCAUGACAGCUGUCUGGAGCAGCAUCAGCAUAAGUAACUCCCGCCUCAGAACUUAGCCUGACUGUUUGAUAUCUCUAGUGAAAAAGAGAGAAGAUGAUUCUGUUAGGAAGGCUGUUUGGUUUGUUGUUUAGUUCUGCUAUUGUAGAAAAGGAAGUUUGGAGUCUGUGAAGCUGGCAGGAUUAUAAAGCCGAGUGGUUAGUGAACCAACUCCGAUGAGCUGUGUGAGAAGCUUCUUGAGUGAAGAGAGAAGCAUUACAGACACUAGUGCUGGUUCUGAAGUCGUGCCGAAGAGCAGGCCGAGAGCAUGGUGGGAACAAAUUUUGGAUGAAGCAAUCUCUGUGGCCCUUCAACAUCUCUGAGUGAAACAUGAAAGAGGUUGAGCUACUAUUUUAUUCUGUCUUCCUGUCAUCCAUCUCUGUCCACUCAAUCUGUAUAGGUGCUUUAGUCUGGCCCUGUUCUGUCAGGGGUCGGGAUACAUCCUGCCUGACUUACACAUGCUUGUGAGGGGGACUCAAUACACAGCAAGGUUAACACCGACACUGUGGCAUUCUGCUGCGCAUAAAUUGCCCCCAGAUCCCCAAGCCACUCUUCCAUAUCUAACACAACAAAGUGUGAUGUUUAAAAAGUAUGAACUACAAUAUCUUUGUUCCCAGCCCUGAUAAUACACUCUGAUAUUCUAUAUAGCCUCAAAUGGUGGAAACCUGACCAUCUUGCAGCUAUUUGUAUUUUGAACAUCCCCUUUCAGAUUUUGUCCCCAUGAACUGUUUAUAAUAACCUUGACUCUUCUAGGUUUUGGAGCAUGCCUAUGGGGAUUUGUCCAAUCAGCCACAAGAACAUUAGUGAGGUUGUGCAUGUAGUUGGUGUUCCAGUUCCUCCCAAAUUUGUUCAGUGUGGUUGAGGUCAGGGCUCUGAUCAAGCUCAUGUCUUCAUGGGCCUCACUUUGUGCACAGGGGCAUUGUCAUGCCGAAACAGACUCGGGGCCCCUUAGUUUCACUUAAAGGGAAAUUGUAAUUUUUUGACCAAUCUAUGUGGAUCCUAAAAGUCUGUUUAUAUAAAUAUUUUUCCAAAUAAUAUUGAUCAAAAUAUUAGUCUGAGACUGUCAACAGUUGAAGUAUGCAUGCAAUGAAGGCAUUGUGUCCUUGGACUGAAUAGAGCAGGUGGCCAGGUAAUGCACUUUCACUUAAGAGGGUGAACUUGGAAGAGUAUGUGCUGUAGCCUCCAGGUAAUCACUCCGUUUGUAAUUAUAUCAAAAGCUCAAACCACCACUCAGUUAAAACCUGCUGCAUCUACUUGAAAGUGGGGAAUUUAUUAUUAAAAUAUUGUUGCAAUCUUUGAAGUACUUUGGUAUCCUGAAACAAGAUUUCCAGGCAAAUUCUUCGUGCAGUUCUGCAGUGUCUGUAAAACUCAAUGGGUAAAGUUCUUGAAAUUCAUCAUUUUGAUGUUUAAUAGUAACAUCUAAAAGAAGCUCUUGAUCUGCAUUUAGAUGAUAACCGUGUUAAGCUGUUCCUAUUAAAAAGAAUGAAAUAUGUUUUGAUGGCUGUUAAGGUAUAGAAUAAAUGUAGAUGUGUUGAAA